AUAUUUUGUCUAUUACAGCAAGUUGCUUCUCGUCAUCUCCCUGUCUAUCCUACCUGCAACAUAAGAAGCUGUCUGUAAAUUCCCUUUUGUUUCCGUUUCCUUCAUGUAAUCAAGUAAUCAUGGAGUGUGCAUUUACGGGUAAAAUUUCACAUCCAUGUUUGGUAAAUUCAAGCAAAGUGUUGCUAUAUAGAAGGAAAGAAAUGAGAACUCAGAGGCUGUACCCUUCAACAAGAUUCAAGGUUCAGGUGGGUUUUGGUAAACAAGGAAGUUCAACUGAUGUUGGUCUUGAGAAAAUUGUUUGGCCUUCUCCUAAUGAUGAAAUUCCAUUCUGGAAGAAGAAUUUUCCUUCUUGGGAUACAGGACCAGCAGUCCCAGUUGACAUAAAGAAGGAUUCUGAUCUCAUGCACAUAAUUCAUGUUACAGCCGAGAUGGCGCCAAUAGCAAAAGUUGGUGGUCUUGGUGAUGUUGUUACCGGACUUGCCCGUGCAUGCUUAUCACGUGGCCAUUCUGUUGAAAUAAUGCUACCUUUCUAUGAAUGCAUUCAGAAGCAGCAGAUUACAGACUUGGUUUUGCUCACAAACUAUAAUUCUUAUCAUGAUGGGAACUGGAUACCAACUAAUGCAUAUCGUGGGAUUGUUUCAGACAUCCCUGUGAUAUUUAUAGAACCAUCCAAUCAUUUCUUUAAGGGUCGGCAAGUAUAUGGGGGUUCAUACAAUGAGCUGGAGGCAUAUUUGUUUUUCAGCCGAGCAUGCCUUGAAUGGAUGCAGGUGACUGGAACACAACCUGAUAUAAUUCAUGUCCAUGAGUGGCAGACGGGUGCUUUACCCCUUCUCUACUGGGACAUGUAUACGCACUUAUCACUCAAGAAACCAAGAAUAGUAUCGACAAUCCACAACAUGGAGCAUUAUGGAGAAUGCAGACAAGAGCAGCUCAGUAAGUGUGGUCUUGAUGGGUCUAUAUAUGCAACAACUGACAAGGCAGUUGAUGAUCGAACUAUUGGCCACAACCCUGAGAGGUUGAGUUUGUUGAAAGGUGGAAUUGUGUACAGCAAUGCAGUGGUUACAGUUUCUCCAACAUAUCUUAAAGAAACACUCAACUCAGGAUGGCUUGCAAGCACUUUGAUUAGGAGUCGAGAUAAGUACUUUGGCAUACUUAAUGGCAUAGAUGCCUAUAUGUGGAACCCUGCUAUUGAUGUGUUCUUGCCUGCUAAGUUCCAUGCUGAAAGACCCAAGGGAAAGAAGAUAUGCAAAUACUAUGUUCAAAGAGGGCUUGGUUUAGCUCCAGAAAGUACUGUGGCUGGUCACCAAGUGCUAGAUAAACCACAGAAGGUGCCACUGAUUGUCUGUAUUACUCGACUAGUUGCUCAGAAGGGUCUUCAUCUAAUUACUCAUGCAAUUAAGCGGACUGAAGAGCUUGGUGGACAGAUAGUGGUUCUUGGAACAGCUUCAGAUGGUCGGGUUCAAAAUGAAUUUGAAGGUCUUGCAAAUCUGCAUAAUCAAGGUCCUAAUGUCCGCAUCCUAUUAAUGUAUAGUGAGGAGCUGUCCCACAUGCUUUAUGCUGCAGCAGAUAUGGUGCUAGUUCCUUCCAUAUAUGAGCCGUGUGGCCUUGCUCAAAUGCUUGGAAUGCGCUAUGGGGCAGUUCCAGUUGUUAGAAAGACUGGUGGUCUUGCAGACACUGUAUUCGACAUAGAUGACCAAGCAAACCGUGAUAAGGCCAAUGGGUUUACUUUUGAAGGAAUCGAUGAAGGAUCCUUGAAUUGGGCUCUUGAUCGUGCAUUUGCUUAUUACAGAGAAAAACCAGAUGAGUGGAAUGGCAUUGUACAAAAGAUCAUGAAAAUAGACAACAGCUGGAACAACACAGCCGGGAAAUACAUAGAGAUUUACGGCUCAGUUAGACUGAAAUGUUGAUUCUAAAGGAAAGCAGAAUGGGAUACGGAAAUUUUAGUGUAGCUACCAUGUUACCAAGCAAAAACUAUAUCAUGAUAUCAUGGUAUAUGAUUGAUGUUAGAAUAUCUAGAAACAAACAUAACCUUACUGUUGACCACAAUCAAGUCAACCACUAAGGUUUGGAAUCUCUUAAUUCGUAAACAAAAUUAAUUUCUCCAACAUCAAUACAUUCAAGAAAUAAAACAACAAUACUAGGGCAUUCAAUUAUUUGUGGUAAUUUUGAAACACAUUGUUGAUGUAAUGUAAUGAGUUAAUGACAAAAAAAAAAAAGAGAGAAGGUACAU